AUGCCAACUCGUCUUGUGACGCGUCGUACUCAAUUUUCCAGUUGCGAUGAAUGUCGCCGAUCGCGUGUAGCGUGUGACGCUCAAAGGAACCCCGACAAUCCACCUGGAGACCCUUCUUCGCCGUGCACAAGAUGUCGGAACCGGAAUCAAGCAUGUACUUUCCAGUGGCUUGAAAAUACCAGAGCAAAUACUGCUUCGAGUGCAAAGGGGAAGUCUCGUCGAAGUCGAAGGACAAUCUCGCGGCCAAUAAGUGAUACAUCCUCGACACAAGCCAGCCAUGGUACAGAUACUUUUGAACAGCCGGCCCCGGACGAUGUUCCUGCUUUCGAAGCAGAUAUCGCUAUCUGUGGCGAAAGCUCGACGGUUUCGGCGGUUCCCCCAAAGUCAGUAUCCCCAUCACGGUACACAAACCCACAUGGGGACUGCGUGGGUGAUGCCAGUAUGGGGCCACUGGAUACCAUAUGGCUCGAUACACUGUACAGAGAAGGGUUCGAGGUUGUAUUUGGCUCCUGGAUGGGAAGCUAUAGCUGUCCAUUUUUAUUUGGCCAUAAUCUGGCCGAUAAGUACGUCAGUAUAUCUGAUCUCUGUCGCCAUCUCGAUGAGUGCAUAUUAGACUCGGGCAGCAGUGGAGUGGUUGGUCGAGGUGAGGACGCUCAACAGUCUCUGCAAAGCACCAUUUGUUCCUUUGCUGCACGCUGGCUUCCUGUAACUUCUGUGGCAGAGCCUUAUGAAAAUCACCUGAGCCAUGUUCAGAGUCUUUGGAGACAUGCCCGAAGAGACAUGCUGCGCGUCAUCAACAGACCUUCUUACCGAUCCAUGUUAUCAUUGCUAUUAUUUGCUCUAACACCAAUACCUGAAGGAAUCUCGGAGGAGGAAGAGACAGACGGCAUAUCCGGCCAAGCUUGCGUCCAUGCUGCCUUGCAACAAAUUCAAACUUUACGAGCUCGCCAAAGAAAUCUUCAGUUCAGUGGCUCCAAAGUCUCCCCUUCACUAAGGUCAGAAACCAUCGUCACAACACCCGAAUCAAUCGAAUCCUCUGGAUUCAUCAACGCCGAAAGCACCGUAUACUGGGCCGCCCUGACAUUUGAUACAUCAGCGUCCUUAACUCUGAACUGUCGAUCUUUGUUGUCCUCAAACAUCUUCGGCUUCGAGUCUGAGAUGCCCUGGCGUCUGGUCAGGACUUGUGCCAAGAUGUUCGAUGAAAAUGCCCGUCAAUGGAGGCAAGCAAGCUCCGACAUGACAGAUGACAGGGCGAACCAGAUAAUUGCUGCUGGUGCGUCUUGGAAGCUCCUCGGGUGGAAGUUGACUGCGAUAUUCAAGGAAGCUCUGCGUGAUGGCCACGAGGAGCUCGAAGUACGAAAGGCCUAUUUCGCUGUGGUGGAUUCCAUAAAGCAGUUUGGUAUUAUUUACCGUCCUCUUUUAGACGAGUGCCACAAGAGAAUGCCAUUUCUUGGUCAACAGACCAAGCUACGUUGGUUUUCUCUUAUGCUUCACUACCACCUCAGCAUAUUAAUGCUAGUCGACAUCAUCGAAGCUACCGAUCGUCGAGACCUAUUGCAGGAUAUUACAGACAUAAUCAUCGAUGCCGAGAACACAAUCAUGAACACGCUGGCCUUUGGCCUUCAUAAUACCUUUACACUAAAACGGCCCCUCGACGAUUCUCACAAUGGAGGGAGAUCAGUAUUUACAGUACCAAUCGUGUCUAUUGAUCCCUACCCGCAUCAUGCAGUUGCAGGGGUGCAGCUACUACGAAAGGCAAUUGACCGUGAUUUUGGAGUAGGAAAGAUUACGGAAGACACGUAUCAGAGUUUACUCUCGACGUUGCAACAAACUUUAAAGUACCUACCACAAAGUUCAAGAUCUGUUCAAGCCGCGAUAGCAAAGUUUUCAACGGUUUCAGCCAAUAUGCCAUAA